UUUAAUUUCAGAUUAAUCUCGAGAAAACAUGCAGGACCUUAGAAGACCAAAUGAAUGAAUACAAGACAAAGUUUGAAGAGGCUCAACGCUGCAUCAAUGACUUCAACCUGCAAAAGGCCAAACUCCAAACAGAAAAUGGUGAGUUCUCAAGGCAGCUGGAGGAGAAGGAUUCACUCGUGUCUCAACUGACAAGAGGGAAAAUGUCUUACACGCAACAAAUUGAAGAUCUGAAGAGACAACUGGAGGAGGAGACGAAGGCCAAGAAUGCAUUAGCYCACGCUGUGCAGUCUGCUCGUCAUGACUGUGACCUCCUCAGGGAGCAGUAYGAGGAGGAGCAGGAGGCCAAGGCUGAACUGCAGCGUGGCAUGUCCAAGGCCAACACUGAGGUGGCUCAGUGGAGAACCAAGUAUGAAACUGAUGCCAUCCAGAGGACCGAGGAACUGGAAGAAGCAAAGAAAAAGCUGGCUCAGCGUCUGCAGGAGGCUGAGGAGGCUGUUGAAGCAGUGAAUGCUAAAUGUUCCUCUCUGGAGAAGACCAAACACAGACUGCAGAAUGAGAUUGAAGAUCUCAUGGUGGACGUGGAGAGGUCUAAUGCUGCUGCUGCUGCUCUGGACAAGAAGCAAAGAAACUUUGACAAGGUCCUGUCUGAAUGGAAGCAGAAAUAUGAAGAGUCUCAGUGUGASYUGGAGAGCUCCCAGAAGGAAGCCAGGGCCCUGAGCACUGAGCUCUUUAAACUGAAAAACUCCUACGAAGAGUCCCUGGACCAUUUGGAGACUAUGAAGCGAGAGAAUAAGAACUUACAAGAGGAGAUUUCUGACCUCACCGAGCAACUUGGUGAGAGUGGAAAGAAUAUCCAUGAACUGGAAAAGUUACGAAAACAACUGGAACAAGAGAAGAAUGAGAUCCAGUCUGCUCUCGAAGAAGCUGAGGCCUCCCUGGAACAUGAAGAGGGCAAGAUUUUACGAGCGCAGCUAGAAUUCAAUCAAGUGAAAGCGGACAUAGAACGCAAACUCGCUGAGAAGGACGAAGAGAUGGAGCAGUGCAAGAGGAACAUGCAGAGGACCAUCGACACCCUGCAGAGCUCUCUUGAGGCCGAGUGUCGCAGCAGGAAUGAAGCCCUCCGCUUGAAAAAGAAGAUGGAGGGAGACCUGAACGAGAUGGAGAUCCAGCUGAGCCAAGCCAACAGGCAGGCAGCUGAGGCUCAGAAACAACUCAAAGCUGUUCAUGCACAUCUAAAGGAUUGCCAAAUUCAGCUGGACGAGUCGGUUCGGGCUAAUGAUGAUCUCAAAGAGAACAUCGCCAUCGUUGAGAGACGCAACAACCUGCUUCAGGCUGAACUGGAGGAGCUGAGGGCUGCUCUGGAACAAACUGACAGAAGCCGCAAACUUGCUGAGCAAGAGCUGCUGGAUGUUAGUGAGAGGGUUCAGCUGCUGCACUCACAGAACACCAGCCUGAUAAACCAGAAGAAGAAGCUGGAGGGGGACACAGUCCAACUUCAGACUGAGGUGGAGGAGGCAGUGCAGGAGUGCAGAAAUGCUGAAGAGAAGGCCAAGAAGGCCAUCACUGAUGCUGCCAUGAUGGCAGAGGAGCUGAAGAAAGAGCAGGACACCAGCGCUCACCUGGAGCGCAUGAAGAAGAACAUGGAGCAAACCAUCAAAGACCUGCAGCAUCGUCUGGAUGAAGCUGAACAGAUCGCCAUGAAGGGAGGCAAGAAGCAGGUGCAGAAGCUCGAGGCCAGGGUGAAGGAGCUUGAGAAUGAGGUUGAAUCGGAGCAGAAGAAGAGCAGCGAGGCAGUGAAGGGAAUGCGCAAAUAUGAGAGGCGCAUUAAGGAGCUCACAUAUCAGACUGAGGAGGACCGCAAGAAUGUCGCUCGUCUGCAAGACCUGGUCGACAAACUGCAGCUGAAAGUCAAAGCGUACAAGAGAGCUGCUGAGGAAGCUGAAGAACAGGCCAACACUCAUCUGGGCAAGUUCCGCAAACUGCAGCACGAGCUGGACGAGGCUGAAGAGAGAGCCGACAUCGCCGAGUCUCAGGUCAACAAGCUGCGCGCCAAGAGCCGCGAUGUGGGGUCAAAGAGAGGGCUAGAUGAGGAGUGAAUCUCUCUGACGGCCACCUCAGACCUUUGGAAUCUUCUGUGUUUUAGUUCUUUUAGUCUGAAAAGUGUAGAAUAAAGCAAAAUGCAUUAAAACUGACAAA